ACCAGUGCCUAGUGCCGACUCCCGUCCAGCUUCGAUUCUGACUCCGUCCCCCCCGUCGGGCGUUUUUGCUGUUUUUCCCGUAUUCGAGGAGGAAAACAAGUGUCUCCAACAAAUAAACGACUGGAUCUGACAAAAUCCUGGCAAAUAUCGGCAUCCCGACAAUUAUUCACACUGACGGAUUCCGCGUUAUUCGAUAGAGUCAUUUAAUUUACGGUUCGAGUGUUGUGCGCGAAAUACUGCUGUUAUUGCCGAGACUGACGUUGUGUCUUGCCCUGCAAUUCGUGAAAUAAUUAAUUUUUAAUUAUAAACAAAUAAACUCAUCACUCCUUAAGAGGGGACGUUUUUCUAGUGCUUUUCUUCCCAAUUACGAUUCAACCUGGACGAUCCAAAUAUGGCUGGAGGGGACCAACAGCAAUAUUUCCUUAAAUGGAAUGACUUUCAGUCAAACAUGGUCACAUCAUUCAGGCACCUGCGAAAUGAGAAGAGCUUUACAGAUGUUACGCUCGCCUGCGACGGGAAGACGUGCAAAGCCCACAAAAUGGUCCUAUCCGCUUGCAGUCCGUAUUUCAAAUCCUUGCUUGAGGAAAACCCAUCGAAACACCCGAUCAUAAUCCUGAAGGAUGUUCCAUUUGACCACCUUCAGUCGAUACUCGAGUUUAUGUACGCAGGGGAAGUGAACGUUUCACAGGAUCAACUCUCGACGUUCCUGAAAACGGCAGACCGCUUGAAAGUGAAAGGACUUGCGGAAGCGCCUCACGGGAUCAAAAGGGAACAACCAUAGACUAAAAGAUCGAGACCUGUUUCUUUUCUCAUUUUCAGGGGGAAUUUUUGUCUUUUUUCUAAUUUUGUCAUCAUCAUUAUAUUAUUAUUAUNUUAUUAAUAAUAAUGAUAAAUAUUAUUAUUAUGAAUGUAUAGGUAAGUUAAUUGACUUGAUGUAACUGUAAAAUGUGGUACAUGAUAUAUUUGACCAGGAAAAAUGAGGAGUUGAUGUAUUUAUAUAGUGAAAAAUAAAAUGUUUACAAAAAGUUAAGACAAUGUAUAAAAAUGUCUACCUCGUACUAAAAAAAAUUAAUUA